AUGAAUGAGGAGGAGAAGGAGGAAGAGAAGCUAAGGGAGAGAAGAGAAGAGGAAUUUGAGGUUCUGAAAUCUAUAUUUUCAAAUGAUUUGAGAGACAUGAGAGAAACUGAUGCCUGGAAAAUUGUAAGACCUCCAGAGAUGAUUAUUCAUCUAGAAUCAUCGAAUACCUCUAGAGGAUCGCAUGAAUUGAAUUGUCAAGUAGAUCUGAGAAUAAAAAUGACUUCUCGCUAUCCUUUGGAUGUCCCAGAAAUCUCUAUUGCAGAAUCUCAUGGACUCUCCCAGGCCCAGCAGGAUGCGUUGCUAAAUAAGCUGAUAAAGAUGGCGACAGACCAGGCCGGUGAGGAACUAAUCUACGAAUUAUGUACAGAAACACAAUCCUUUCUUGUUGAAAAUGGCUGCAAGAUAUUCUCCUCGUUUUAUGAGGAAAUGGAGGAAAGGAGAAAAAUUGAAGAGAGAAAAAAAUCUGAGGGCUAUAGUAGACUAACAUCCUUAGAGAGACAGGUCAUGGCUAAAGAGGUGGUUAAGCGUAGGGAGGAGAUUGAUGAGGAGGAACGAUUGGUAAAGGAAGAGGAGACCAAAUGUAAGGAGAACAAUAUUCUAGGUGGAUGGGGUAGAAGGGAUGAUAAAAAACUCGAGAAUGAGUUUAGAGCCAGGGAUGAAUGGAGGUUGAGGAUGAAAAAGAAUUCUGAAUGUGAGGAGAGUAGAGAUGGAACUGAGAAAAUAAACUUUAGAGUCAGAGGUGUAAAAUAUGAGGUGGUACGAGGGUGUAGUCUGGGAUAUAACCAUCAAGGUGAAUCAACAUAUUCCGGUAUUCUACUAGAAACUGGACAGAUGCUCGCCAUUCAUAGGUGGCAAUUAUGCACGAAGGCAGUAAACAGAAAAGUUAAAUUUCUUGACUCGGAAACGGAAAUGGGAAAACAGCUGACAUUGUUUGAAAAUGAGAUGGCCAACCUACAGAAGAUCCGUCAUGUUAACUUAGUGAGUUAUAUUGGAUUAGAGAAAACAGAGCUGGCUAAAGAGAGGAAACUCAUCCUUCACUUGUUUCAGGAAUUUUGCAGGGGAACAUCCCUAGACCUAUAUAUAACAGGAGAGCAAACAAUGAAUAUUACUUGCCUUCACAAUGUGGCAUCUCAGGUUCUUGUUGGCUUGGAAUACCUUCAUGGUUUAGAUAUAAUUCACAGAAAUCUACGUCAUAGUUCUGUUUUUAUCCAGCCGGAUGGGAUUGUCAAGGUUGCUGAUUUUUCUCUUGACUUGAAAAUCCGGGAAUUUGUUGCUGUUACUAACGAGGAAAUUCUUGAAGAUGUGUACCCCCUCUCACUUGGGCGUGGAGGGAAGAAAUGUGAUAUUUACAGAUUUGGUCUGAUUCUGAUCUCCGUUCUACAGGGUUCUAUAGUAAAGGAUCAGAACCCAAAAUUGCCAGGUGCUUUACCUGUCUUACUGCAAGAUUUCCUGUCUAAAUGUCUUCUGAAGGAUGAGAAGGAGCGCUGGAGCGCAGACCAGCUUCUAGAGCACGCUUUCUUGACUGAGUUUGUUCGAGGAGAUCAGGAGGGCUGGGGGCAAGCUCCUCAUCCCUUAGAAGCUCAAAGACCGGAGUCUACGGAGCCAGUAAUGGAGUUAAAUAAAGACCCAAUUAUCAUAGAAAACUCAAAACAAUCAAGACUUAACCAGGAUUUCACAAUAAUAUCCUGGAUUGGUCGAGGAGGGUUCGGAGACGUAAUUCAGGUAAAAAACAAGCUGGAUGACCAGACCUACGCGAUUAAACGUAUUCGCCUGAACCCAGCUGACCGCCAGAUUAACAAGAAGAUAAUGCGGGAAGUGAAACUUCUAUCAAGAUUGAAUCAUGAAAAUGUGGUCAGAUACUACAACUCUUGGCAGGAAGUAACUCUUGUCUCACCAGACACUGAUGAAGGAAGUACUACUACUACUGAGGAGGGAACUGGGCCUCAAUCAAGACUAGGAAAUAAUUCUUUGAGUAUGCUUGGUUUUCAACCUCCUAGCUUCAAAUCACCACUGUCAUCUAGACAAGAAGAUUCUGAGUGGAGUGUGAGCUUCAUGCCUCCAGAAUCAGACUCUGAUUCUGAGUCAGAUUCUGAGAGUUUCCACCAGCCUGUAGUAGCACUGAGCCAGGAGUCGGAUAGUGAAAGGAUCAUAUUUGGUGAAGGCAUAUCAGAAUCUGGUUCAGAAGAGAUCAGUCAGAGUAACAACAAUGAAGUAUCAUCAGAAGAGCAGUCAGAGAAAAGAUUGGUACAACUGAACACAUUGUACAUUCAAAUGGAGUACUGUGAAAAGAAAACAUUAAGGAACUACAUUGAUGAAGGGCUUCACAAGGACAUGAAGAAGGUUUGGCAGAUGUUCAGAGAAGUAAUUGAUGGAUUAGUUCAUAUUCAUACACAGGGCAUGAUACACAGGGAUUUGAAACCUGUGAAUAUAUUUAUUGACAGUCAUGAUAAUAUAAAGAUUGGAGAUUUUGGUUUAGCUACCACAGAACUAAUAGGAUCUGUUCCAGCUGAAGAUAUCAGGAAGGAAGAUAUGGAUCAGAGUAUUGCAGUGGUAGAGGAUAUGACCGGCCUGGUUGGAACAGCACUUUACACUGCUCCCGAGGUCACUAAAAGGAAUGCAACCUACAACCAGAAGGUUGAUCUCUACAGUCUAGGAGUCAUCCUCUUUGAAAUGUGCCAUCCUCCUCUGCUUACAGGCAUGGAGCGCAUUCAGGUGUUGACAGCAUUAAGAUCCCCAGAAAUAGUAUUCCCUGAGGAUUGGGAUCGUCACCUGCUUCCACAACAAACUUACAUAGUCACAUGGCUUUUAGAUCAUGAUCCUAUGAAGCGUCCAACGAGUCAUGAUUUACUAAUGUCCGACUAUCUGCCACCAGCUCAUGUUGAAGAGUCAAGAAUUCAAGAGACUGUCAGGAACGCCAUGAAAAAUAAGAACAGCAAAGCAUACAGGCAUUUGAUAAAUUCUUGCAUGUCCCAACCCAUGUCUCUCCCAAAAGAUGUUCAUUUUGAUGGGGAUACAGUCAAACCAGGCUUGGUGAGAAAACUUGGCGCGGCGUAUGCUCUUUUCCACUGUGUAGCACAGGAAGUGUUUGAACUUCACGGGGCAGUACCACUAGACUCACAUCUCAUGCUUCCAAUGAAUGCCCAGAAUCCAUGGAAGGGACAAGAAACCUCCGUGCAAAUUAUGACCCGCAGCGGUGAUAUCAUCUGCCUUCCUCAUGAUCUUAGAAUAUCAUUUGCUAGGUAUCUGGCAAGGUUAAAACUAAACAAUUUCAAAAGAUAUUCUUUUGGUAAGGUUGUGAAGGAGAAGAAGGUCUUUGGUCUACAUCCUAAGGAGUAUACUGAAUGUGCUUUCGAUAUAAUAACCGGCAUUAGUGGUCAGGUUGUUGCAGAUGCUGAGUUGUUGGUAGUUUGUGAACAUAUUAUAAAAUCUUUAGGAGACUGGAAAGAUACCAAAUUUAUAUUCAGAUUGGGACAUGGGAACCUUGUUAAGGGAAUCCUUCUGCACCUGGGUAUCCCAGAGAAGAAACAUCAGCUUGUUGUAGAUGCUGUUAAACAGUUUGGGGCACAGAAAACUCAGAUAUCCAAUGCACUAAAUAACAUUGGUCUUGGUGAGACAGGAGUUAGUUUUCUUCUCUCCCUUCUAGAUGCAGAUACUGGUCUCAAUCAGCUUACCAGUAUUCUAAGGUCUGUAACGAAAAGGCGAGGGGAGGCUGGUGAGCUUGUGAAAGCUGCUCUGCAAGAAUUGAAAACGAUACAGGCUGCUGCUGUUCGACUAGGAUUAACCUUUGAGGUUCAAUUCUCUAUUAAGAGUUUAUAUCCUCCCUGUCUUUACUCUGGUAUGGUGCUUCAACUCAUCAGAGUAAUACCGAGCAAAACUACACGUUCCAUGGAUAUUGUAGCAGCAGGAGGGAGAUAUAACUCAUUAGUUCAUAGAUACAGAGAAUAUCUUGAAGUUGGAAGUUUAAGAGAAGAAGGAGAAAACAUCGUUCAGGAGGAUGAGCUGUGUGCUACUGGAUUCUCAUUAUCUGUGGAUAGACUUGUCUCAGCAUUGAGUAAACAGCAAACAUUCAGCCAAACAGUUUGUCAGGUUUUAGUGGCCGGGGAUGAACAGGAACGAGCUCAUAUUUGCUCUGAAUUCUGGAAAUGUGGAAUAAAAACUGUUCUGUCCGUAUCCACCAGGAUGGAUGAAUUAACUGAAUUGGCAAGAGAGCUAGGAGCUGAAAUUGUUAUUUUUGCAACCAACGAGAUUGCCAGAAUAUCAUUUGGGGAUAAAGAAGGCAGGUUCCUAGUAGAGAAGAAGAUUGCGCUAGGGGAAGUGGUAAAUUUAGUAUCCAGGGAUUUAAAGUUUGGUUUGGAACCAGAACCUUCUAGAUCUGAACAUUUUCAGUUGAAACCUUCUCUUUACAGGGAUGAAAGAAUACAGCCGGGACCUAAAAUUGAUUAUAAUUUCGACCUUAUUGAUCGGGAGAAGUACAGUAUGAGCAAGAAGAAACAAGAGAUCUGUAAGAGCAUGAAGCUUGCAACAGCGCUGUCAAGAUUUGAUUCCAGCUGUCAUGUUCUAGUUGUUGCUUUAGGUUUACCAGGUUCUGUGAUAAAAUAUAUGGCUGGGAACCUGGAAAUGGAGGAUGAGGAUAAAUUCCAAUCUAGUCUUAAUCAACUAAUAAAUCAGUUUCCUAGAUACAGAAAUUAUUUCGCUGAAGUAUCCGAUGUGAUGAUCAAGGCCAGGUUUCGGGAUAAGACCUCAAGUAGUCUUGUCCUUUUUUCUCUAGAGGACAACAGCUUCAGAAUCCUACAUUAGUCCUAAUGGAACCAGGACCAAAAGGACUUCUUUGCAAACCUUUAAAAAUGUUACCACUUUUAAGACAAGUUGUUUGAGUCAACCCCAGAAAAACUGUUCGCAUGUUUAUUUCAUCUUUCUUUUUCAAAGAUCUUUCUCUUGUGAUAAAAUACAUACAAAACAUCCAAAUAAAAUUUACUUUUCUACUUU